GGAACUACUGGUCCGAUUUAAAAAAUUCUUACAGUGUUCGAUAGCUCAUUUAUUGACAAAGGCCCUGGGCUACAUAACAUCAUAUACUACGUGUGUGCAACCGUAGGACACAGCUAGUAUUCUAUAAUCCAAACAUCGGACAUAGUUCACACACGACACAAUUGUACACAUGACAUAGAUGACAUGUAUCUAGACAUGUAUCUAUAUAGACAUGUAUCUCUCGCGGCAGACGCGCAAACGCAGGUGCGCGUGCGCGAGGCGGGCGCGGUGCGCUGCGGCGGCGGCGCCUACCGCGUGUUCGGGGGCCGCCUCGACUGGCACCAGGCGGCCGCUUUCUGCGUUAUGAACAAGAUGACGUUAGCAAACAUCGGAUCUAUGAAGUGUUUGAAAAAAUUGGGCCUGACCAUGUUAAAAUCACGACCAAGUAUAGAGGGCGCGUGGGUGGGCGCGCGGGGCAGCGAGGGCCGCUGGGAGUGGCUCGACACCGCCAAGAGUAUAUUCGAGUCCAACGGCCUCGCUCCGGGGGAUUAUGGAGUGUGGCCGCCCAUGAGAGACUCGUCAAACGUAAAGCAGAGCGGGUGUCUGCAAAUCGAUAGGCACGAAACGAAAAGUCCUAUUUUUAUGGAGGCGAGAUGCGAACGGAAAAUGCAGUUUAUUUGUUAUAGAGCUUUCCACCAAGUAAUGCCAGCGCGCAGGACGACAAUACCUCCGAUCAGCGAUGACAACUACUACUACAUAUUAGUGCGGCAAAUGUUCACAUGGCAACACGCGUUCGAAAACUGCCGAGCCAUGAACGGGUCGUUGGCCGGCUUGGACAAUAAUGAUGUUAUGAUUGAAUUGCUGUUGGCUAUGGGAGAGAACAAGGAUGAGCCGGUGGAACACAUCUGGGUAGCGGGACGGUUGAACGUGACACGUGACGCGAACGACGCGCUCGUAUACACGUGGUACAACCCCAACACGGGCAAGCUCAUACCCGGCCCCAAGGACGGCGACGGGCUGUUUACGCCGCCGUGGCUGGGCGACGAAUUCGCGGCGUCGAGUGCUUGCCUCAACCUGGACCGCGCCGCGCACCUCGCCGCGCUCGCCUACGGGCUGCGCUGCGACACGCCGCAGUACUCCGUCUGCGUUAUCGAAAAAUCUGUGAAGGCCGGACCUACAGAACCUACAUUGACCGAAGAAACGACCCAAUAAUUAUAAAUAAUUUUAUGUAUAUUUUAAUUUUAUCAACGA